AUGUCUACUAAUGAUCCCAAAAUUGGGUACAACCUCUUUUCCAGCCUCGUAAACUCUGACACUGAACUAAACGUCUUUCGUGCGUUCAAGGAGCUGAACACCCGCAACAUCCUUUACCUCCAGUCUGAGCUCGCAGAGCUUGAGGAGACUUUCCACGACCUCGACGAACUCUACAAUGAUAAAACAAAGGGUAAUGAUACCUGGAGUAUACCACGGAGCUGGUAUGCCAUGAACAAGGAAGGGGGAAGAUACUUGGAUACUGUGACUCGAAUGAGGAGAGUUUCCGAGGGGUAUUAUAAAGCCCUUCAAACACAAUCUUGGCUGCUAGAUCAGAAGCCGCCGAGCAGCAGAGCAUACAGAGCCCUUCGGGGUAUGUUUGAUGCCCAUAAGCCCCAUAUGUCCCGGCUGGAUGCCAGCUUUAUUUUAGAAGAUGCCCACAGAGACGAUCUGAUUGCUCUUUUGGUCAAGGAAAAGGAGGCAUUGUCACGAUUCCUUGCAAAGUACUUGUACCGCUUGUUUGAAGAAAAGCGCAUAACCAACCACUCCGGAGAGUUAUCCAUCAUAUCUGAUGAGCGGAUCCAAUUGUUUGUACGAGUGUCGAUGAUCAUUCUUUCGUCGGUUCUCCCGAUCCUUUCUAUUAUUGUCCUGUACGUUGUUAAGAGCCAAAGUAUUCGACUUGGUCUCGUAGUCGUGUUUUCUGCCCUGUGUUCGGCAGCACUGGCGACGAUGAGCGGGGCAAGAAAUGCAGAGAUUAUGGGAGUGACUGCUGCAUAUGCUGCCGUUCAAGUUGUGUUUGUCAGUGGAAGUUAA